UAAUGAGACAGAAAUGCGUUAGAAGUUCUUCGAUCAAGGCGUCGACGGUAACAAGUCUGUUAUUCGUUAGUCUAAGUUGCGGAUUUCUUGUGAAUGCAGCCAACAUAUAGAAGCAUCUAUCUCAGCCUACAACCUAAACCUGACAUACUUAUUGAGAGCUGGAACUAUCCCGAGAUAGCCAUGAUGGUUACCUUUCAUAGUCUGAUCACGGCUUUCUUUCUUCUCACCCCCGCAACUUGGGCGCUCCCACACCCAUUCGAAACUGCCGUCACGGUGACGAUUAUUGACUCUACGGAGGCACCCCCCGGAGGAUACGGACACCCCCCGGCCAGCACUCCCACUCCGACCGGGAUCACGAAUUCGACGACGAGCGCGACGGCGCCACCAACUACGACAUUUCCCUUAUCAUCCUCUGCGUCGUCGUCCCAGGGUAGUUUUACGGGACACUGCGAUUACAGCUACUGUAAUUCCGGCAGCAAUGUUUGCUUUUAUUGGGCCGGGUACACGUCGUGGGACGUAUCGCGAGGCCCGAUACCUGGCGAAGUUCCUACCAUCCUUGGGCCUUGCUAAGUUGGAUGACGGGGGUGGAUUGAGCUAUAUCUCUUGGAGAUGCCGAGGCGGUGGGUGAAUUUUACUAGAUGUGAUUAGGAAUAGGUAUAGGGGCGAGCAUUCUGAGUACCUUGGGCAAUCCUAUCAUUCCUUGAAAAGGUCGUGGGCAAUAAGAACCGCAUGGAAAGGAAAUUCAAGGGGGACAGUCAGAUCUGUCGUCCAUAUAUAGGUACAUUUGGAGCUGAACUACUUAAAUACAUGAACACCGUUCAACCGUU